CUCUUUUACGUGUAGAAUGCAAUUGCAAAAAGCGGUAAAUUGAGUACAUAACUGCUUUGCAAUGAUUUCAUUCAUUAAAUUUAAUCAAGUGUUCUGAAAACGUACACAAAUGUGAUUUCAAAGUACCAGAAUAGGGCAUAUAGAAUGAAUAGUGAAUAUUUUAUUGCUUUGUAUGCGGCAUAUGAAAAUGGUACUCAAAUUAAUUAGGCAACAUUGUGGUCCCGAAAAGCUGCCGAGUGCGAAAUGCAUCGACAUCAACGAACGGGCGUGUUAAGGUGUUGUCUUGCUUAUGCUUAUUGAGUUAUAUAGUCCCCUGGCGGGUCGUUGAGCCGAUGAACGCGUUUUGACAGCACUGCUCUAGUAUAGAAAAGUUUCGUAUUUCGUGUUGGUCGUCAACAAUUUUUCACAAUGCAAAGACAAUAAAAUCGCCUACAAAUUACAAGUGAAUAUUUACAGAAUUGAUGGAAAACUAUCGUUGAAUUGCAUUUUAUCGAAUGAUAAUUAAAAUCGGACGUGGUGAUAUAAAUUAAAGUGUGAAUUUAUAAUUUUCAAAAGUUGCUUAGUAAAAUUGUGUCAAUAGUGAGUUUUCAUUUGAUUGCCUUUUGUAAAUGGAGUGAAUGAAGGUCUGCGGGAUCUUGUGUUCGCACUGUCGGAGAUUGGAUUCGAGUCCGCAAUAGCAGCUUCUGUUGUGUUUGAUCUGUGCGCGGAAGCUUGCUGCUGACAAGCUCUUUGAAUGAUAAUAAAAACAUUGUACGCAGAAUGUAACGAGAAUAGACAAAAUGUUUAGAUUAAAGUAAUUAAAAUAGCAAUUGUGUGUCCAUAGUGGUAAAUUGAGUAGACGAAAAUUCUUUGUAUGCCUAUAAAAAAAGAAAAAAAAAGUUGCAACAGAGAAGUGGAUAAAGUCUACUGUGAAUGAGAACUGUGAAGACGGUGCGUUUUAAUGUUGAGUAAACGCGGCUGUUCAAAAUAGAGAUCGCUUGCUAGCGACAAAAUUGAGGAAAAUGUUUAUCUAAUGCCAUUACGAACAUCUAACCAUGUGAAACAUUGAAAUCCUGCUCUAAGGGGUCUCCUAAGGACAGUGGCGCUUUAAAUAAAUUGCAACACAUAAUCAGCAAAUUAAGAGUACGCAAGUGAGAAGUGCUUUGACUGAUUGACCGAUUGAGAUAAGCGCCUUCGCUGCAAAGAUGUCAGACGAUCGCGUUUAUAAAGAUGGCGACAUCGUUUGGGUGAAGCUGGGCAACAACUGGUGGCCUGGUGAGGUGACCGGCGUGCAGCGCCAACCGGAAGGUCUCCUCAAACACCUGAAAAAGAAGCCAUAUUGCGUUGUGAAAUUUUUCCAAGAAGAUGCCUACGAAUAUAUAAAGAGUGCAAAGCAAAUUUUUCCUUUCCAAUGCAGCAAAAAAGAUGAAUUCAUCAAAAAGGGUACUGCAUUAUAUAAUGCCAAAAAUAAGUUCAUGGAGAAGUUCCCCUCCGAUGUGGAGAUCGCUGAGCGUUUAACGCGCAAAGCUACAGAUUUGCUAAUCAUCAACGAUCGUCCGGAUAGUAUUGUCAAAGCUAUACUGGGUCCAACGUAUACCCGAUGCAGUAGCGAUUACUACGACACUGAGUACAACAAUAGUAGUUGUAAUACUGACUAUAACAAUAAGCGCAGAAGUGGGGAUUCUGUAACGAAAAUCCUCAACAUUACACCACAACGUACAUCAACAGCAACUACAACAGCCAUGCGAACUCCAGAAACGGUGAAAUCAUUAACAUCACCGCUUAUCACACCAAACUAUACAAACACAACGAAUUCGAUUGCUGCGAGUAGCGCCAAUACAAACUUUUAUCGGUGUAAUUUGUGCAAUUUCUCCAGCCAGCGGCAGAAUGUCAUGAUAAUGCAUCGCCGUACACAUAGUGGAACUGGCACACCAGCAUCCGCUGCAAUACUUUCACGGAAAACCACUUCUGCUACCAUUACGACAACGAGUGCAGCUAAGCUGUCUACUAAUAGUACUGCCUGCACCACACCACCACCUACAACAUCAUCUAAAGAUACAAGCAAUUUCCUGAGCGAAGAUGUUGAACGUAAAUGCCAAGAGACAAUCCGCACCGGCGCAGCCCCUAUACCAAAGUCAGCGAACAGUGCAGCUCCGGUGAAUAGUCGAAGUGCUAGUGCUGUCAAAAAUAGACCACAACUGUCAACGGUCGAAGGCGAGGGAAUAAGUCGUGGCGUUGCUGGUUCAUCGCGCCCGAAACUACGUUCAUCGUUGCGCAUAGAUGCCGAUGUGACAGAAAUUACUCUGCCAGAUGGUAUGCCGGUAGGUGCAUCAAAAGAAGAUCUUAAACUUACUGAUGACGACACCACCGAUAACUCAUCAUCACCUACAACGGAGGAGUUGCUGAGGGCAUGCAGUCCGCGCAAGCACAAUAUCGAUGUUAGCGACACCGCUAGUAACGCGAUUGUGUUGAACAGUACAGCUGAGGAAAUCCGACAACGCCUACUGGCUGAUUGGAGUGACGGUGAGAAGGAAGAUGAGAUGGUGAACGACUUUAAGAAACUUGCGACUCGAAGCGCUACACCUCCAACAAAUGCACAUGAAUCUGAAAUAAACAAGUUAGCGGUACAGGCAGACGUCAUUAAAAAGGAUGAGCCGAUUGUAUAUGGCAUGGCAACACCAAUAAGUUCAGCGAUAUGUAAUAACGGGCCACAAACUUCGAAUCAGAAUCGUAUUCGAAACAUACCGAAAAAGGAUCGGCGAGAUGCGGUAUUGAAAGAAUUCAUAAAUGACUACACCGUCGAGUCGCCAGCGGCCGUCGUGAAUCUGGAGAGUAUCAACUGCAGCAGCAGCAACAGCUCCGAUUCAGUGGUUGUAGUGGCGGUGGUGCCACCAAAUAGUGAAACCAUUGUCGUUGAUGACAACGGCGGAACCGAUGGUGAAGCGGAAACUUCAGGAGGCGAAAUCGUAGUAAAAGGUACUGAGAUACCAGCGUCCGAUUUGCCAUUUAACGUUACAAAAGGAGAUCAAAAUCGCACUGUGGGCGAGGACAAUGCAGAAGUCGUGUUGAAGAAUCCAACAAGAGAGCCUGGUACAGAAUUACAGGAAAUAGUUCAGGCUAAAGUAGAGAAGGAACUUGUGGAAUAUAUACAAAGGGACGGUAGGAAUGACGAACGGCGGAAAGAAGAAUUUCAUGCGGAGCGCCUUAAAAAUGGAGAACAGUUUGUUUUAAUGUCCGGUGAGUUAGCAAAAGAUGAAGUUGUAAGCAGAGAAGAAAUGGUGCGAAGUUCGUCGAGUGAAGAAAGCGAUAGAGCCGAUUUGAAGGAGGAAAGUAAAGUGAACGACAUCAACUCAGAAAUACGCAAACAAUCGACAAAACAAAGAAGCCGCGACAAAGCAUCAAAAUUUAAAAGAAGACAGAAAGCUACAAAUGAAGCGCCAAAAUAUAGCCUGGAAACCCCAACAAAAGAAGAGCAUUUGUCAAAUGAACAGUUUUCACUGGGAGCGGAGGAAUCGAAUAUGCCUAGGUCGCCACAGCGUUUGAAAGAAGAAGAACGCCCGUUAACCAGCUUGGCAGCUGCGCAGCAACAACUUCCCACAGAUUGUUUUGAUUUUCAAGAGGAAGAGGAUGAUACAUGCAGCGAUGCUUUAAAGUCGAUAGCCGAUUUCAAAAAGAAAUAUCUCUCUCCGGAAAAAUCACAAGACAAAGCGCAAGCGGAUAACGGCUUGCCGUCCGAAAGCGAAAGACGACGUUCCACCGAACAGAAGGACCAGCAGUUGGCAUACGACAUCGAAAAGCUGCUCGAACAAGCGACGGCACCAAGCAUUGUCGAUGCCGCAAUACCUGCUGCUGUAGCGCGCACGCACUCAUUCGGCAGCAGCAAGGAGGAGCUGCCUGUGAAGGGGUUGCCAAUCAAGGAACGAGGCAAGCGUAUAUUCAAGUCGCGUAACCGUUCACGUAUCGAUGAGACAUCACCAUUAGCGGGAGUUGGAAUGGAAAAUGUGGUGCCCGCACAAAUAAUGGAUAUUGUUGAACCAAAUGUGACUGUGGAAAACCAACUGCAGCAACAUAAACAAAUUAUUGGGGAAAGGGACCAUGAAGAAAAAGUUGGUCAAUAUAAAGAAUUUGCGGGCGUGGAAAGAGCUGAUGAAUAUGAAAAAGCACAACCCUCUGAUGCACCACCGGCACCUGCUGUACAAACUACUGCUGAAAAAAUGGAAGGCGUGGAAACACUUGAAAUACAGAAUGAAAACGAGGGAAAUGCAGAAAUUGUUAAAAAACAGUUCGACGAGGAACCAACCGUUUUAAAAGUAAAAACCGUUAAUAAUGGUGUGCUCAGUACGCCAACUGCAAAGGAUGCUGCAGGUCAUGCAAGUGCGGAAGAUAAACAAUGGGAGAGUAGAGGACUGAAUGGGGAAAAUAUUGACAACGAGGAGAAAUCAGAACAAACUGUUACAGAUGAAGCACCAAGUAAUGGAGAUGAUUUUGAGUCUACGACGCAAAUUGCAGAAGAAAAAGUUGAAGAAAACAAUUCGCAGACACAAGAAGGUCUCAGUGACCAAAUUGCCAAUGCUGUUCAACCAGAGAGUGAACAUGAAAACGGUGAUGAAAACAGCAACAGGGAUGCAAGUGAAGGGGAUAACUUAGUAGUUGUGCAGGAAGAUCUGAUGGAACAAAUACAGGAAAAUGCUGCUCACGAAAUGGAACUCUCAAAUGAAAGUGUUUCAAAUGAGAUUCCAGACAUGCCAAUAGCAAGCAAUGAAACUACUGCUGAAACUAAUUUUAUAAAUACACAAGCGGCUAUAGACAAAGAAGAAUCAGAAGUGGAAUUAACAGAGCUGCCGGCACGCAUCGCUGAUCCGGAACUGGUGCACGAAGCUGAGGAUUCUUUAGCUGCUACGCUGAAAAAUGAUAUAGCGGAGGAGCAGCACGAUAUCGCUUUGAUAAGCGAAGAAGUACCACAAAGUCGACUCACUUCGCCCACUGACGACAACAGUUCGAUAUGUAUCUCGGAGGCUGGCGCAGAAUUCGGUUCGCCCACCUCAAUGCUGGAUGAUGAACGUUUACCAACCAUAACUGGUAGAUUGAUGACUCCCACCGAUGCAUUGAUUGAUGCAAUGCCAGCCGGUAGUGAAGAUGCAAAAGCAUUAGAAGUUGAACAACAAACAGAAAUCAUAGACGAGCUACAAAAUGGCAGUGGAGUACAAAACGAUGCUGUCGAAUUAGCACAGGAAACUACUUCGGUUGAUGUAGAUGAUAAAACAGGCGAAAUAGAAUAUAUAGAAGGAAUACCAAUGGGUGAAAUAACGACUGAGACUUUUACUGCAGAAGAAGACGUCAAUCCCACGGAAAAUAAAGGUAAUGAGUUGAUAGCAACAAUCGCUGAGCAGGAGGAUACCGAAAUUCAGGAGGCGUCGAAAGAACUUCUUUUGGAGGAAGCAAAGCAUGUGGAAAAAGCGGAUGAAAGCAGUUUCCAAGAUGCAUGUGACAUUACAGACAUUGCGGAGCCAUGCAGUGGUGACGAAAACAAUCGAGAUAAUAACCAACAAGAUAGUGCAGAAAAUGAAGCAGGCGUAGAUGGUGCACACAACAUUGGAGAUGGCGAAUUAGUAAACACAGAAAGUGAGGCGCCAGAAAUGCAAAAUGAAACCGCAAUUCCUGCAGAGGCGUCGGGUGAAGUAGAAAGUGAGGCAAACAAUAAGGAACCCGCGAGCGAACUUGUACACAAAAUCAUUGAGGAGCAAGUGGAAGGCAUUGGAAAUGUGCAAAAUGCGCAAGUGGGAAAUGCGGCAGCAAAUAUGCAAGUUGAAGAUCAGUCGCUUACAGAUAACACUGAGCAACGAGCAGUGGACGAAGUAGCGAGCACCGCAAGACAGUUAAAUAGCAUAGAAGAAGUCGUGCCUACAGAAGAAUCAGUUACAGAAAUUAUUGAGCAUGUGGAAAAUGAGGAAUCUGACAUGGACGACGAUUUUAUCGAGAGUCCGCCGCAUGAACCGCUUUCUGGACACGAAGGCGAUGCAGAACUAUUGUCUGCAAAAACUAAAGUGUUGACCAAAACUCAAAAGCGACGUACGAUUACUGCAAUUGAUAAUACAAACACUGAAGAGAGCACACAAAGUGAAGAUAGCGUUGAGCGCCGAAGGCCCACUCCAACGUAUUCAGAACAGUCAAACGUUUCACCGAAACACAUAACCGAAUUUACCAAAGAAACGAGUAGCAGAAGACGUCAGACCCGAGCUACAAAACAGCAACAAUCAAAGUCUAACGAUUUUAUGAAAGAAUUAGAUUUAUCCGAUUUGCACGAAGCAACCACCAAAGAGGAAAGUGAAGAGAAAGUGUUGACGAAGCCAUUAAAAACGACAGCACGCCAACGAAAAGGAACGAAAAUCUCUAAAUUAACAGCAAAAGUGAACGAACAAAAUGAAAAGCCUGACAUGGACAUUGUGACAACUGAAGUUGUUGCCAUAGAGCAACAAGUAGUGAACGAAGAGUUAGCGACUGCAGAGGUAUUGAACGAGCGCACGCAAACACCAAACGAAGCUGAGCUCACUGAACCGCUAGAUCUACAACAGUAUGGCGAGCAAUCGAAUGACGCAAUUGUAGCUGCUAUAAAAUCUGGAGGAUCCUCACGUAAACGGCGUAGCGCAACUAUAAUAACGCCCCGUCGUAAUGCCAGCGGUACACCAAAUACUAAUACUCGUGAGAGUGAAUUAGCAGACAAAGACGAGCCGAUGCAGCGAGCAAAAACUAGAAAAUUGGAAGAGAGCUCAAAUAUAGACAACACUGCAAAUGUUGAAACAUUUCAAACAACGGAAGAAUUGAAUGCCUCAAUCGAUAUGGACAACUGUGAAAGUUUAAUUGAAGAAGUGGACGAAUCCGAAUUGAUCGUUGAAGACAAUGAAGGCGCCAAUAUGGCUAGUCCGCAAUUACAAUUACAAAGUAAUGACGCCAAUAGUCCGCUUGUCGUAGAGGAGGAGCAAUGCAUCAUUCAAGAAGUGUACCUAAACGAUACAAUGUCCAUGCAACAAAUAGCAAUUGAAACCUCUGCAAACGACAAUACCGCAACUGUGGAAGAUGCUGCAGAAGCAACAGUCUCGGAGAUAAAUUCAUUUCGUCCACACGAUGUACCCAAUGCAGUGGAGUAUGUCGAUUACGCCUCAAUUGAGCAUCAGCAGCCGAUAGAAGAGGUGAUUGUCAGUGAUGCCAACACAGUAGAAGCGGCGACGGAAUGCGACACGCUGCAGAGUCUAAACACCAGCACGAAUAACGCAAAUGUGACCUUGAAUCAGCGACGAGCCUCAACACGUGAUGCUCAGCCAACGGCAGAUAAUGUGUGCAUCAAUAUUUCUCCUAUGGAGAAGGUCCGCAUCAACGUGGACGUCGCCAAUCCACUCUCGACGCAAAUAGCUAAUAUUUUGGCCACAAAAUCAGCAGGUGGUGCAGCAUCAACGGCCGUAAAACACAGAAAGGCAAAUCUUGAAGAGUCCAUCCCAUCAUUUAUCAUUGAGAGGCCGGGACAGGCCGGCAAUGCACAUCAACAACAUGCGUCGACUUCAGGCCUUGAAUUUACCAUUGGCGAACAGGAUGCCGUUGCGCACGUACAGCAAAUGUGUCCACAGGUGAAAAUCACACGCAAAGAGAAAUUUAUUGAAGAACCACUCACUGCUGAUAAUGUAGUACAACAGGACACAAUUGUGGCCACUUCUGGCGCCAUGUUCGACAUCAGCAAUAUGCCCAUUGUGCUGGGUAAUGAACACUUCAUGUCGGCACAGGGGGACAUGCAAAUCGUAUUGACAUCGUCCGCGGAGGCAGAGACGAGUUUGCGUACAGAUGGUCCACAAAUCCUACAACAACAAAUUCUUCAACCUGCUUACAGAUCAUCACUGCAAGCUGCACAACAGCGACAGCGCAAACGUUCCACGGAUCAACAGCAGCAGCAGCAGGUGCAGCAAACAGGCGGCGCAAAUUGCCAAGUGGGUAGUAAUAAGCACGGCAUUAUUAUAAUCAAGGCGGCGCCGAGUGAUUUGAUCAUUCAACAGUCACCGACGCUGCAAGUGACACAACAGCAGGCGCAAGCGAUCGCCGCUGGAGGCACGCAGCAAUUGUCGACAUCUCCUGCAGAUGCAACGACCAUGUACAAUCUGGGCUCGGGUGUUACUUUGCGUCCGAUAGCUGAGCCAAAACAAAAACAGCAACAACGCCAACAGCAGCAAAAGCAACAAAUCGCUGCAAACAAAUCGAAGUCGCCGGCAGCAGCAGCUACCGGUGGACGCAAACAGGCUGGCAAUACAAUAACUUUGCCCAGCAGCAUAACCGUAAAGCAGCGGCAACAAAAAGUAACGGAUGGGCUGACAAGUGCAGCCGCUACAGGAACGACCACAAAGGCUACAACUAGUGAACAACAACAAUUAACCCAGUCCGCCUCUGUAAGUGGUAAUAAAGCGCAAAAGCGUAAUCACCCAACGAAUUCGCGUCGUUCACAAACGCAGAUCGUUCAGCAACGGCGACUAACUGCCACGGCCAGCAGUUUAGUAGAGCUGCAGCGUCAGCAAGAACAACAACAUGUUGUUGACGGAGUUACUACCCUUUUGCAUCGACGCCUCAGCUAUACAGAAGCGCACGCACCGUCGCCUGCCAAAAUUUCCCGAAGUGCCGACAAACACAGUGAGUCAACAUUUGCGGCGACGGCUGAGCAACAAUUGUUACAGUUGCAGCAACAGCAACAUCUUCAACAGCAACGACAAAAAGUACAAUCCCCAACGACGAGUGUGUCUAUCAGUGCAACGCAGCCACCUCCACUGCAUCCGCUACACAAUCGCAAACGUCAUUCGUCGCAACAACAACGAAGAAUGAGCACAAAAUCUGAGGUGACGCAUUCGCAAACGCAGUCAUGCGCACAAGAACAACAACAACAACAACUGCAGCGGCUGCAGCCAACGCAAAUGGUGUUAUUGGAACAACAGCAACAUCAGUGUUUAGAACAAGCCCAACAACAAGAACAACACGUAGCUGCUGUGCAUAUAACAGAGUUGGCUGCGUCGCCGUCAGCAUCCGACGUUAUACCAGCGGAGUAUGAAGCGGUACAGCUGCAAGAGGAAGCACCGGAGGUUUACACCGAAGAAAUUCUAGCUGAAGAGUUUGAAGCGAAUGAACAUACUCCCUCGGUAAUAGCCGUGCCAUCACAACCAGUACCAGGCUACCCGGAUACAUUGCUGCUAUGCCGUAGAGUCGACGAAGAGUGGAUACCGGUGGUAGCGCAGCCUUUUUACUAUACUCGAAGUGAUCAACAAUUGAGACCUAUACCGAAAGAAGUGCUGAUCGGACGACCGAUAUUGACGCCGAGCACAGACAAAGCAACAGAGUUCCCAGUUGAAACCGAGGAAGUGCAGACGGUUUCCGCUAAUGACGCUUACAAAGAGGAGACUGGAGUCACCAUACUAAUCGGUAAUAAUUACGUGCACAUGGAAUGGGAUCAGUUUUUGGAAGUGAUGCGCUCCAAUGAUGACGUGUACAAUCUGCGCGCCGAAAACGGGCACGUCUUCCAGCUGACACGAGACGCAUUAGUAACACUGCAGCAAGAUGCUAAUCUGCAGGAAAAAUACCGUCAGCUGCAGCAGCUGUUGGAGGAACAGCAAUUGGAAGAGCAACAGCAACUGGAGCAGCAAGAGUUGAUACAACAACAGUUCAUACAACAGCUGCAAACAGUUACAGUUACCGGUGAAGAGGGCCUCGAAACGGAUAUGAUACCAUUGCUGCACAUAGACACAACUCAGACGUUGCAAUUGAUUGGCACCGAUGAUGGUAAUCUAAUAUUGCAACCGGCCCUGGCACAGCCACCACUUUCUCCACCUUGCACGCGGCCUGCGCUCACAAAUGCCACCAAUGCGCUACUCAAUCAAACACCCAUUAUGUCACCACUUGAGAAGCCAUCCACCGCAGCGGCAGCGACCACUUUGCUAGCCGAUAGUUCUGGACGGCACAUCGAUUUGGCAACCGCAACAUCACCCGAGCAACUGGUUGCAGCCGGUUUCAUAGCGGCCGACACAGGAAGUGCUAUGCCAGCCUGUCGACCCACAUUGGGCGAUAGUUUGGCUGUUAUAGGCGUCGUGCCGACACAACCUACACUGCUGCCCACCACCGUUACCAAUCCGGCAAUUGCGCCGCCCAAAUCCGAUCUAAUACCAAACAUGACGACGGCUGCUCAAAUGCAUGCGCAAUAUCGUCAUGCACAACGUGCAAUUUACAACGAUCCUGGGAGUUAAUAUUGUCCGAACGUGCUUUAUUUAGACAAUCUGCCAAGUGGCUUGGAGGAUGAGGUGCGCGGUGCGGAGGGUGCAAUGGGGGAUGAUGUUGGCGCUGGUAAUGCGGUGGAAGAUGUGGGAGCUGGUGUUGUCAGCAUGGGCAUGGGCGUGAGUGAGGUGGAUGAGGUGACUGAAAUGGAUGCAAAUGUGGGCCUCGACAAGACUCUUCCAUCGUACACGGUUCUCUACUGUUAUUUUUGCAACGUCCUAUGAGAUGUCGGCAUCUGCUAGUUCGCGCAACAUCGACCUUCUCCCUUGCGGGUUCCAGCCCAGUGCCAUUCUCGUGAUGAAGAAACUGCGAAAAAGACCCUAAUGAAGACCUGUGAGAAACCUUCAACCAUCCAGUGCUGCUGAUGUAGUGGAGGAGCGAAAGGGGAUCUAGGCUGGAGCACUGCCUCAGGCGCACUAAGGAACUUCAUGCGUCUAGUCGCCAGACCCGGACAUUUGCAAAGAAACUGUUUAACAGUCGCUUUCUCUGCAGCAUUCACACAGCUUCUGCAGUGGGGGAUAAAUAUUGAAUUUUCAUGAAAAUAACUUGUUUGGCGAAAAAUGCACUAAGUCGGUGCUUCUGUCAAAAGUGCACAGCAACUCAGAGUUGCUAGGAAAUUGUAGCUCUGCUCUUAUUUAAAGUGCAUAUGUAUGUGUGUAGUCCAUUUGCUUGACUAGCUAUAUGUCUUCUUCUUCUUUCAUUUCUUAAGAUUAACUUUUAUUUAUUUUAUACAAUAUUUUAUAAUAUUUUAGAAACCAAAUUUAAUUUGCUUCUUUUUCUCUUUUUUUCUCUUGCUGCUUGUCUUUCUCACUCACCUACUCAUGCACAACCAGCUGUACACGUAGCCUUGCUUAGCUGAGAAUAUCGAGGUGUUAAUCAUUGCAUAAGUACAUUAAAAACAAAAAAAAUAAAAAAUACAAAAACAAAAAAAUACAAAAAUAAAAAAUGCAAAAAAAAAGCAAAGAAAGCUAAGAUGCAAAAUAAUCAAUAAAUCUGUAUCUGCGCAUACAUACGCAUAAGUCUAUAUAUUUUUUUAAGAUAUGCUUAUUAAAUUUGUGCUAAAAAUUGCGCAAAACUGUUGGAACUUUGGCAAGCAAUUACACUCAUUGAAUUUUGAAAAAUACAAAAAACAAGCAAAGAAAAAAAAAUUAUAAAAAUAAAAUCAAAACAAUAUUUCAUUUAAGCGCAAAAAAUAUUCACUUGAAGCUGAUGCCUCAAGCGAAAAAUUAUAAAAAAGUAAAAAUAAAAAUAAUAAUAAAUGAAAAAAAAAAAUUAAAAAAUAAUAGCAAUUAGAGAGUAUAUUUAAGCACAUACGAGUAAAGUUAUUAAAAAGUAAAACAUAGUAAAGCAAAUAUACUGCAAUAUUUUUACUUAUAAUAAUUAGUUUUUAAGUAAAAAAUGGGUUACUCCUUUAAUUAUAUGUACAUUUAAAGAAAAAUUAGCAAUCGUUAAGAGCAUGCAUACAUACACAUACAUACAAAAAAAUUGAUGUAUGCAAAUUUUGAUAAAAAGUAAGGUGAAAAACCACAAAAAAAUUUAAAAAUAAAACACACAUCGAAAAAAAAAAAUUAUAAAAAAUACAAAAAAAAAAAUUUUAAAUUUAAAAAACAUCAACUGUGUGUUAAUAAUUGUAACAUAAAAAACGUGAAUCGACGUUGAACGUUCACAUGAAAUUUGUCAAAAUUGCCCAUUAUUGUUGUGCUUGGUACUUCUCAUACCCUUUAUUGCUGUUCCAUUUGUUUAGGCACACACACACACACACACACACAUGCUUAAAUAUAUACGUAUGUAUGUAAAUAUUUAAAAGAAGGCGCACGUGUACACACAAAUUAAGUGCAGCGGCCACAGCAGCAAUGAUGAUGGGGGCGGGCACUAGCAGCAAGAAAAAAAAAAAUAAUAAUAAAUAAAAAAACAAAAAAUACUAUAAAAACAGAUGGUAUAUGUAUGUGUAAAAGUAUGUAGUUUUAGUAAGAUAAAUAUUUAAAGAAAAUUAUAUAAUUAAUAUGCAUACAUACAUAUAAACAUAUAAGCACAUACAAAUGCAUCGGUAUGUAAAUUCUAAAAAUGUAUAACUCUCAACUUACUACCGUAAAACGAUAAUAAAACGAUAUUAAUAAAAUGCAAAUGCAAAUGUAUACAUAUGUAUGUAUAUA